AUGGAUUCCGACGAUGAUAUGCCACAGCUCUCAGGCGACGCUCUUUCCGCGCUGAAAGAAUUUUACGGCGAGCGCGAUGCGCGGCACAAGCAGUUUGAGGCGCUCAAGAGCCAGGCCGAAGAUGACUUUGAGGGCAAAUUGUCCAUGGAUGCGUUUACGGAAGACUGGAAUGUGAGCCAGUUCUGGUACAGCGACGGGACUGCGACUGUGCUGGCGAAACAGCUGCUUGAUGGCGCGACGGACGAGACGAGGAUUGCGGUUGUGAGCGCGCCAAGUGCAUUUAUUCAGUUGAAGAAUCUGCUGGCUUCUGGGGAGUACAAGUGCAGACCGCAGAUCAAGCUUCUUGAGAUCGACGAGCGGUUCAAUGUUUUCAAAGAAUUCGUACACUACGACUUUGAGAAGUCUCUGCAAUUACCUCCUGAGCUAAAGGGCUCGUUUGACCGCAUCAUCGUCGACCCACCCUUCUUGAGUGAUGACUGUCAAACCAAAGCUACUCUGACAGUACGGUGGCUGGCCAAGGGAUGGACAUCUGAGACUGUGCGCAUUAUCGCCUGUACAGGAGAACGAAUGGAGAGCAUCAUCACUGGAAAGCUGUACGGCAAAGCUGGCGUCAAGACCACAGACUACGACAUCAAGCACGCCAAAGGGCUGAGCAACGAGUUCAGGACGUAUGCGAACUUCGAGUGCGAUGCAUGGAAAUGGGCAACAUCAUCAUGA